UUUUCCCACCGAAGUAUCCUCGUCUAAACCACCUCACCAAUAUCCAUCCUUCAUCCCUCCAGCCUAUUCAAGGUCGACCGACACCUGGCACCCCUAGCCAGAUCCCUCACGUGACUGCUCCAGUGUCGCACCACCUAUCCGCCCUCUAACGUUAUCUACAUUCCACCUGUCAUCCCAUCGUUUAGUCGCUCUCCAUUUUUCGACAAGUAGCACACAAUGGUGACUAGGGGCCUCAUCGGCUACAUCCUCCGAAACAAGCAGCGGAAGGCCAUGUAUAACCGCUUUGACUCUUAUCCCAAGUGUCAAGGCUACGGAAUAGCCUUGUUCAUCUCUCGCCUAUCUCACGAGCAAGCGAAAGAGAUGGCGGACCUGGUUGAGAAUAUUGAGUGGAUUGAAAAUGUGACCGAGGACGUCCCCAAAGAUAUACAGAAACGAUAUCUAGCCUUUGACGGCAUUUGGAGACACCAGCAUCCUUACGGUGGUCCGGAGCACUGGUGUCAUGAAUGGGACCUGUCAGGGAAGGAGAACAGCGAACACAUUGAAGAACAAAUAGAGGAGGCGAAAAAAAUGUUGGAAGGCCUCCCCUCGAAAGAAGGAUACGAGGUUGUGAGAGACAACAUGCGAAGAAAGAGCUACAUCUACGAGGAUGUUAAUCUGUGGUAUGGCCUCUUGGUCGAAGCACAGCUUGGAUACAGAGCGCUACGUUUCAUCCAAGAGGGAAAGCUCAAACAUCUAAUCGAUUUUAUGGGCGACACGGAGCUACAAAGCGAAUGGGAGUACUAUAUCGACUUUGGCCACGAAAAGAUGGAAGUUUGGGGCCCUAGAGGCCUGGUGAGAGAGGUGACUUUUGACACGUUGCGAGAGGACCCAGAAUAUAUGUGCAAAGCCGACUUUUCAAGGCCACAUGGUGAGAAGAAGAGGAACAAAAGGAGGACGAAGACGAGCAAGCCUCGAUCCCACUAUUAGCCUCAUUGACAAGUAGCAUCUCCCCUCUCUUUGAUGUAUCAACUGUGAUUUGUUCAUA